AGUAAAAUUUAUUGAUAAUUCAUUUUAAAAUAAGCUUACAAAACUUUUUUCAGUGUCAACAUUCCCGUAUUUCUUAUAAAAUCGUAAUUUUAUACAAUUAAAUAUUAAAAAUAUGGAAGAUUUGGCAUUAUCUAUAAGUCAAUAUGAAGAUCAGCUCAGUGUGGUUAAACAAGCACUUCAGGCGACUCAAGAGGCCAGUGAACGUGAAUCCUUACUGGCUUUGCAAUCAGAACUUCAAGAACUUAUUAACCUUACACGAGAAAGUUUAGAUGUACAAAAUAAUAGAGAGGAUGACACAAAACCUGGAAAAAAUAGUAGUGAUGGACUCGAUGAUGAAUAUGCUUUAUUUAUGAAAGAAAUGGCUGAAACUGGAGCAUGUGAGGAGAAUAAAGAUUCAGGGGAUAAACAUGAAGACAGUGGUCAAAAUGAAAGUGGUGACAGUAAUAGUGAUAUAGAGGAUGAGUUGUCUUCUCUUCUUGGAAUGAAAUGUGCUGUUUACCACACACAUACUUGGGGCGGGAAACCCAGUCUGCAUAAUGCAAUGGUGAGCUCUGUAGUUCCUCGGCAAGAUGAUGAUCAAUUUAAUGAUCUCCAGGUGAAAGUAUUAUUCACACACCCCACACAUGCAGAAAUGUUGCCGUGUCCUUUCUACUUAAAUGGUGAUUGCAAAUUCAGUGAUGAUCAAUGUAGAUAUUCCCAUGGUGCUAUAGUAAAAUUGUCAGAUUUGAACGAAGCAAUAGAACCUAAUUAUAACAGUAUUAAAAUAGGUAGCAGAAUUCUGCUAAAGUUGAAACCACCAGAUGAUGAGGAUAUGAGUACUGCAAAAAAAACAACAGAGAAAUACCAUCUAUGGCAUAUAGCGAUAGUCAAAGGCGUAGACGUAGAGAAACAGUCUUGUGUAGUGAAAUUGGAACAUGGUGUAAAAACAGGGGAGAAGCGAAAAGCAGUAUCGGACGAGCAUCAUGUAAUGUUUGAAGACAUAUUUCCCUUUAGUAUUGAUGGUGAUGAAGACACAGAUUCAGAUGAUAGUUUGAGUGAUACAGAGUAUCCGGAGAGCAAGACAAUGCGAGCAGAUUGUGAUAAUAAAGCUUUAAUAAUAGAAAAGAGCUUACAGAACAAUGCACCCGCAAUGGGUGGUUGGGAACGACAUACUAGAGGCAUGGGGUCUAAGAUUAUGUUAUCGAUGGGCUAUGUUCCGGGCACCGGUCUAGGAGCUGCCAGUGAUGGCCGCUUGCAGCCUGUGGAAGCUCGAUCUGUCCAGCCCGGCCGAAGUCUCGACCAUUGUAUGGAAUUGUCUGAGAAAAAUGCUGGAAAAGACCCAUUAAAGGUUGAGCAAAAAUUGAAAAGGCUACAAAAGAGAGAAGAGGAACGCAAUAAGCGAGCUUAUGAGAGAGAAAAAGAAAGAGAGAAAAGAAAUGUUUUUAAUUUUCUUAACAAUACUCUGGGAGAUAAACCAGAGAAGACAGAACAGUUAAUAACAGCAACUUCCGUUGAAAUCAAACAAUCUACAAGUAAAGAUUUAAACAUAGAAAAGUUUAAGUUGGAAGAAGAUUGUAGGAAGAUAGAAAACGAAAUAAUAAAGUUACAAAGUACUUUACCCAAAUAUCCUCAAGGCACUGGCGGCCACAGAAGUAUAAGUAUACAAAUAGCGGAAAAAAACAAAGAGUUAAAUCUGCUUCGGAACAAAGAAAAACAAAUUGUAAAAGAACAGAAACAAAGAAAGGACACGCAAAAAAUGACUGUGUUUUAACAGUUAAGUAUUUACCAUAAAUAUAUAUUGUAAAUUUCUUUAGUAUUAAAUAUAUUUAAAUUGUU